CGUGAAUCAUUCAAACCGAUUACCUUUCCCAGUCUAAUAAUCUGAGAAUCUAUCCUCACCAUGACGUCCAUCAAUCGUAUCACGCCGAUUACCGCCUUACUUUUACUUGUUCCCGCCCUUGCUUUGGCAAUGUGUACGUACGAAGACAUUCAGCUGUUUGAAUCAGCGGUGGGGAAAACAAAGUAUUGUGAAUAUAAAGGUAUGAAGAUCCUAGUUGGUGCCCGCUUCAAAGACUUUGAUGAAUGCAUGUAUGUGAAGUGCAAGGCAAAAUCCCUGGUCAAGUGCGGAUUUGGCAAGAAGCUGGGUAUCAUGCUGCCUCCAACGGGAUGCAAGACAGCUUUUCAUGGCUGUUUCGUGAAGAUCAUCCAAGAUCCGGAUAGCAAGACCAAGUGCCCUGUAAUAAGUCCUUAGAGAAGGGCAUACCUUGGUGCUGGAGUGAACACCGCCUUGUAGACAAUGUUUGGGUCAUCAAACCUUAUAGUAUUGCUUUCAAACUGACUUCUGUAUAUCACCAAGUGUUUUUUCCCUCCGGUUUGCUGUAAUUUUGUCAUGUAUUCACUCUACCGCAUAAAAAUGAACCAUGGUGUACGACUAUUGUGAACUUUAUGUUUGUGUCCUAAAUAAAUCUGAUUGGCUUAUUCUAAAGAUAUACUGUCUGUUUUAUGGAGAGGUGUACAUCUAUGACCACAGAUUUACUAAAGCCAAGAGGAGAGAGACCGGGACAACUAUUCUUCUCUGGAUACAGAACAAACCUCAAAAACUGAGAAACGGAGGCGAAAUUAGUUUGAUCACACCAACUUAUUACUCAAGGGUUAAUUCCGACUCUUAGGAGGAAUGUUGAAAUUGUAAACUGCAUUGAGUACAUAAUUUAUCUCGGCUUGUUAACAUGUUUGUCGGCACUUAUGAAUGGUUGGAAAAUAUUAGACUUGUCGACAAAUGUAAGAAUGGUGGUAAAACAUUAGGCUGUAUGAUUGAAAAUAUAGGUAUAAGAAUAGUGGUAAAAUGUUAGGCUGCUGGAUUGAAAAUUUGGAUAUAAGAAUGGUGGUAAAACAUUAGGCUGUAUGGUUGAAAAUAUAGGUAUAAGAAUGGUGGAAAAACAUUAGGCUGUAUGAUUGAAAAUAUAGGUAUAAGA